GAAGAGAGAGAGAGAGAGAGAGAGAGAGGGAGAAGGGUCGAAGGACACGCACGCCUCCCUGCUUAAGUAGGGAAAGGUCAACGCGAAGAAAGGCGCUUUUCCUCGAGCAGCAAGAAGAAAGGCAUAGAUUAAGGCGUACGUAAUCCGUCAGCCAGCGGUGCUGGAAAUAGCAUUGGCCUAGUAUUUUUGUUGUUGUUCUCCGUGUUGGACAUCGACAGCUGAGAACACCCGCUCGGCCGUCAUCGUCACCUCUGCUCUGGUCGCGCUGGCACUUUUCCGGAGAAGUUUUGUCGUGCUCCCGAUGUUUGGACAGAGAAACGACAGGAUGGAUUUGAACAACGAGAACAUUCAGUCCGCCUCGGAGAUCAUCGAGAACCGGCUGUACUUUGUGGCGUUCAAGAAGGACUUUAAGCCGCGCGGUACCUCCAACACGCACUACUUCUCCAUCGACGAGGAGUUGGUGUACGAGAACUUUUACAACGACUUUGGUCCGCUGAACAUCUGCAUGCUGUACCGGUACUGCCAGAUGCUGAACGAGAAGCUCCGGCUGGCGCAGCACGCCAAGAAGAAGAUCGUCCACUACACCUCGGUGGACGCGUCCAAGCGCCUCAACGCGGCGUACCUCAUCGGGGCGUACUCGGUGAUCUACCUGAAGCGCACCCCGGACGAGGCCCUCAAACCGCUCACGUCCGGCUGCAACGUGCUCACGUACACCAAGUUCUGCGACGCGUCGUACGUGUACUCCGGCUACCGGAUAUCCCUGUACGACUGCAUCCACGCGAUCGCCCGGGCGCUCGAGGCCGGCUUCUUCAGCUUCGACGACUUUGACUCCCAGCAGUACGAGCACUUUGAGCGCGUCGAAAACGGCGACUUCAACUGGAUCGUGCCGGACAAGUUUCUGGCGUUCUGCGGACCGCACAGCAAGAGCCGACUGGACAACGGCUACCCCAUUCACGCCCCCGAGACGUACUUUGAGUACUUUCGCAAGCACAACGUGACCACCAUCAUCCGGUUGAACGUGAAGAUCUACGACGCGGCGCGGUUCACCAGCGCGGGCUUUACGCAUCACGAUCUGUUCUUCGUGGACGGGAGCACCCCGAACGAUGCCAUCCUGAAGAAGUUUCUGACGAUCUGCGAGCAGGCGGACGGCGGGAUCGCGGUGCACUGCAAAGCCGGCCUCGGCCGCACCGGUACCCUGAUCGGGGCCUACCUCAUCAAGCACUACAACUUUAGCGCGCUGGAGGCGAUCGCCUGGCUGCGGCUGUGCCGCCCCGGCUCCGUCAUCGGCCACCAGCAGCAGUGGAUGCUGAGCAAGGAGGCGUCGCUGAUGAACGAGGGCAACGCGUACCGCAAGCGGCACGGCAUCAGCCGAACGCCGAUCCGGCACGAGUUUGGCAUCUACAGCAUCAAGCAGUUUGCGGCCAUCGACGAGGAGACGCCGACGCCGCCGCCGCCAGCCGUGGCCGUUAGUCGGAACAGUCUUUCGACGUCCAACUCCUCAUCGUCGUCUUCGUCCUCGUCGGGUUCGUCCGUGUGCUCGUCGGUGGCGUCGUCUACGACGACCACUCCGGUCGCCAGCAAGCUGCCGGACACGGCCGCCAACAACCGCGUCCAGCUGCUGCUGAAGGAGCGCGUGCGGGGCAUCUCGCACAAGGUCGACACGAUGCGGCUGAACGACGAGGAGGAACUGCAGAGCAACCAGCUGAACAACAACUGUGAGGGUGGGACGACAACGGCUACGGAGCGAACGGUUGCGUUGGCGAUUGACGUGGUUGACGCUCCGGUGGAGUCGCGGAAGGCGCUCGUUCCGGACACCAAGUGUGCGACGAUUCCCGUGACGCGCCGCUCGAAAACGGUUCGCACCAGCCGGUUGAUUACGCUGGAGCAGUCUCAGCAGACGCAGGGCGACAAGCUGAACCAGAUCAAGGCGAUGCGGCGGCGGCCGUCCCGGUCGGCCAACAUAAUCACGCAGUGUCAUGACGAAACAAUCGCUAACCCCCGACUAAAUCCGCAUCACCACCACAACCACAAUCAUCACCACCACCAUCACACUCGUGCUAAAUCUCAACCAUUCCGCAAUACUACCGCUGCUAUUAAUCCGAACAACAACGCCAACGCCACCAACAACAAUGCCAACGCCAACAACAACGCCACCACCAGCGCCGGUGACCCGCGAACCCUCGCCGCUGCAAGUGCCACUGUGCAAGCCAAUAAUCUUUUGAAUCAAAUCGCCUCAUCCAAACUCACCGCCGUCGCUUCACCGUCGGAAGUUCCACAACCACCACCGCCAACGGAUACGUCCGACGGAGUUCCUGUGCCACCUGUUACCACAAGUCCGGCGGCGACGAGUACAGGCAGUAGGGCGGCGACGCAAAAGGGAGAGGAAGGGGUGAAGCAGAUAACGACGGCAACUAACAAUCUAGCGAAUACAGCGAGCACUACCACGAGUACUGCGAAUGUGGCGGCGACGACGGGAGGUGGAGGACCGGGAGGUGGCGGAUGCAAUAUGGCCAACGUGGUGCUGCAAUGUCCCGCCACCAGGCAGAAUCAUCGGCUGUUUAGUAAGAGGUCCGUUUCGGCCAGCCAGCACGUCCAGCAGCAAAAGAACAAGAAAAACGUACAAAACACGGCGGAAGCCAUCCUGCAACAGCACCAGCACUGCACCACCAUCACGACAACGGUGACGGCCACCACCACGACAACCACCGGCGGCUGCGGAACCACGUCCAGCGUCAAGCUCACCGUCAAGGACGAGGUGAAACCGCGGGCGUCGGUCCGAACGGUGCGCAACAACAGCCUGGACAGCUACCAUCACCACUAUCAGUUCAUCAACAUCCCGAACAUCAUCACGUACAAGCGGGGCCGCUCGAAGAUUCCGGCCUCGGCCCGGCUCCGGUCCAGCAUGGCUCAGCAGGACAGCUCGAAGGCAAGCGGUGGCGGGACGGCGAAGCCGGAUGGCGACGAGACAACGGCGGCCAUCCAGCUGAUACUGAACAAGCCGAUGACGCGCCGGAUGAGGAAUGCGGGCGGUGGAACCGCCCCUCCGCAGCUGAUCUCCGCCGGAACGGGUGCUCCAGGUGCGGCAGCUGCCGCCGCAGCCGCCACGGACGAGCUGAAUGGGAAUGGAGGAGGAAUCUCACGAACGCUUCCGCUGAGCGGAGACGACCACCGGAACAACAACGGCGACAUCAACCUGGAGCUGACCAGUCUAGCGGCGGCAGGAACAACCGCCGCCGCCGCCACCACCACCAUCAAGCGCAACAAACGAUCUCGCAGCAGUACAAAGAUUGAGAAGGAGAAGAACGACGAAAAGGGCAGCAAAGUGCUGCGCAAGAACGGGGGCGUCGUCGCGACCAGCGGGAUUCCGGUGGCCACCAAGCUGGCCGGGGACGUCUCCAAGGGGGUUAGCAGCGAAAGUAUUACCUCGGCGGCCAGUACGCCGACGGCGAGCCUUACGCGGAACACCUUCAGCAGUAGCUCGCUGAACCGGAAGGCUGCUGCGGCGGCGGUCAAGGGGACGGCGGAACCUUCCGGUGGUGGUAGCAAUUCGCUCAAGGCGCGGAAAAAGUAGAGCGCUUCGUAGUGCGUGGUAGAUGCAAUUUUCUGUAAUCAUCGCUUGUUUUAACAUUUUUGUUUUUUUUUUGGCAAUCUUGCAGAAUCCCGGUUUCUGUGAUGUGAUUUUUCGUACAUUUAUUUGUUUAUAUCUCUUACAACUAUUGUGAUUAACCACAAUUUACACAGACAGAACGUUUUGUUUGGUUAACAAAAUCGAAUCGAAGCUAUCGCAGUGCGAUAAAAACUAUUUACUAAGACGAAACUGUUACUAAUAGUUAUUUUGCUUGUCACUCAAGAAUAAAUUUAUGCAAUGAAUUAUACACUAAUCAAAACGGAAACUUCCCCUCUCUUAGCAUCGCCGUAGAACGUUUGCAGCUUAUUAUUUUUGGGACGAAUUAGUUCAGUAUCUUAAAGCUUUGGGACAAGUUGUGAGUGAUUCUGUUGAUCUGGAAGGGUGAGCGCUUGAUUUGCUUAUAUUUUUCCGCUAGAAAACGCCUUUAAAACAAUGCAUGGCUGCUACAUUCAGGUAAUGGUUUGAGCAAAGUACGCUGCUGGUAAGGAAAGGGAUAAAGAAAGUUGAAACCUUAUAGAAUUUGCCUUCUCUUUUAUUCUGCUGUUCGUUAAGCUUUUUCUUGACCCCGUUCCUUGGGAAGUCCGUACUGGCCCGCUUGAUGAUUUUCCAGAAUAAAACACAUUUUGGAAAUGCCCUUCAAACUUGGCCUACCAAAUGCAUCCUCUUCAAAUUUGAAGGACAUUCAUGCAGGAAGUUAUCGUCCGUCCCAGAUUUUGCUGAUUAGUUGAUGCAGCAUUCAAGGCAAGGGAAUUUGAGAACCUCAACUUUUUCAGCACCUCGAAAUCGUCUAAGUUCCACUCACCUCCAAAUUCUGUCCGGCAAAACAACAGAAAAUUGACAUUUAAGCUUUGAUUUCCCAGGUGUCUCAAUAAAUUCAGCUUCUAGCAAGUAAUUUUCUUCAAAACUGGGCCGUACUAGUAUCAACAUCAAAAGUCUCAACCUUUUUUCCGAAGUAAACACUGCAGCUUCAAACACAUUUUCCACCUGUAUUUCUUGACGUUUCUCUCCACCGGAAACAGCCUGCUGUCAUCGUCGCGCGGACGCGAGCGUUGCCAGAUGUGCGCGCGAUGACGUUUCGAACGAAGCAGUUUGACGAGGGGUGUUUGGUUUUGAGAAAAGUUUUUAACCCAACUUUGGGUAACUUGAGCAGAAAAAUUCGAGGUGUGUUUUGUUCUUGGGUUCGCGGCAUAUGUAAAAAAGGUUAAUUAGGUUUAAUUCGUACAAAAUAUAAGUGGUUCUUCUAAAAAGAUUGAAUAGCUAUUUGAUAUUUUAAUAGCGUUGAAAAAUAAAAUCACAACGCUACUUAACUGCAAACGCAAGUGGAUUGCGUUGGCUUUCUUCAGGUGCAAUCAAAAUGAGGUGUUAACACGAAAGGUAGAAUCAUUCAGUGGUAAUAAAAUUAAGCAUUUAUUUUAACAAUUUGUGCUACUUGAUUUAACGUUUGUUUUGUGUAGAUUAUAAAUAGAGUUUAAUGUCAACCUUGGUUGUAACACACAUAACUAGUAACGUUGGAUUUACUUUAUUUUAUUCUUGUUAACUCACCUUAAGCAAUCGAUUUCGUACUAAUUUUAUUCGUUUAAGUUAAAAAUGCAAUCGUACAGAAAGAUCUUUUAUUUAUAGCGCGGCAACUCGUGUCUCGAUUAGUUCGUGUUCUAUUUUUUUUAAUCCGGGAAACGUCGACACAAUAAAGACGAGCAGUAUUUUGGGUCCGCAAAACGAUGACAAAAUAUCAGAAUCGUUGCGGGCAACACACAAACAUCAAGUUCACUCACGGUUUUUUUUCUCGAACUCAUCUUAUGCAUCUUGCCAGGGCUGCGGAGUCGGGUCAUGUUUCAAACGACUCCGACUCCGACUCCGGCUUUCUCAGAUUUGCUGACUCCGACUCCGACUCCGGCUCCGGCUUUGAACAAAUGGUUGGCUCCGACACCGACUCCGACUCCGGUCUACCAACUCUAGCCGACUCCGACUCCGACUCCAGCUUUCAACAAAUGGUUGGCUCCAACUCCAACUCCGACUCCACAUAUUUUAAAUGUUUCAAAAGUUAGUUAACUAUUAUCGGUUAAUUAUUUUUAAAACAUUGAUAAAUAGGAUUAUAUACUCUCUAAGCAUCAUGUUUUUCUCAAGAAAAAUAAGUUAAGUAAAAGUAAAGUAAAGCAAAUAAACGGAAAAAAAGUUUCUAGGUUACAAGUUCUACACGUUAUGGAAACAGAAAUCAAAAAAUAUCUUCAGUUUUAGAGGCAUUUUGAGAAGAACAGUUUUGUAAGUAAAUUAGGAUUGCUUAACCUCAAAUUUGAAAAUAUUUUUUUCAAAGCUAAUAAAUUUAAAUAUUAAAUUUUUAUUUUUGAAUUAAUAACUAAAAAACCUGGCCUUAAUGAUCUAUUGAACAUUAAAAUUCAAUUUGCUCACUUUCAGGCUGACAUUUGUAAGAAGCACCUUGUUUUUUGAAUGUCAAUUUUAAACGAAACAUUUUUUUUUUGUUUUUUUUUUAAGACGUGCAUAGACAUCACGCCAUGGCUGAAGGAGAUUAUUAUUGCAUAUCAAUGUAUCUAAACAAUUUCUUCGUGGAAAGGACGCUUAAGAUGUCAUUUUCAAAUAUCUGUGACAUGGAAAAUAUUUUAACCUGAAAAUUUUUAAUUUAUUUUAAUUUUAAAAUUUUAUAUUCUUUAAAAAGGAGGUGCACGAUACUUCGUGAAUCUUCACCUAAAACGAAGCUUUAUGGAUGAUCUUUCGCCUCCAUCAAAAUAUAUGAAAAAAAACAUAAAAAUAUAAUAAAAAACAAAUAUCGACAAGUAAAAUAUUUUCUAGGUCACAAAUAUUUCAUUUUUUUAAGGUACAUUGAUUUGCAAUGAUUAUCACUUUCCGUCCUAUUGCCGUGAGACAUACAGUAUGAGAAAAUUCGUACCAGUUGUUAAUUUUUUGAUUCAGUUUUUUUAUUUAUAAGAUUUGAAAAAUAUAUUUUAAUCCUAUAUUUUGUUCUAUACAUUUUUUAUUAGUUCAUUUUUGUACUGAAUUCUUGAGAUUUGUUCAACGAUAAUUUGCAACGAUGUCAAAAUAGUUUACUUAAAAACAACAUCAACAUCAACAAUCAAUGAUUAUUUCAAAUUUUUUGCAACUUCUGUUGACAUUUUUUGUUAGUUUCAAUUAUUUUAAAUACAACACUUUGAUUUCUUGUACUCAGUUAUAAACAAAAUGCGCAUGUUGAGUUUCAAGUAAGAGAUUGUUAUUAUUGUAGAUUAUUUGUUACAAAAGUUAAACUGUCAGUGACUCUUUUUCGAUCUGCAAAAACAGUGAUUAUUAUUUAUAAUCUUUUUAUGUACCUCGUAAUUUUUUCCUAUAAAAUGAAUUGACUUAAAACCUCUAAGACAUUCGCUAUCGGGGUAAAAGAUUACUUUGUGUGUACUUUUUUCAGAAAUAACUGGAUGAAAUUUGGUCAAAUUUGAGUUGAAAGGGCACAUAAAUGUAGUCUGCCUACAUAACCAAUAUUUAUUUUUUAUUUUUUUUUUUGAGUUAUGAUACUACAUACUUGGAUAAAAGGUUAUCAUUUAGUGAUUAUAGUGUAAUAACCCAAUUAGAGCUUUUCAAUCACAAUAAAAGCUUCAAAUACAUAAUGGCAUCUGAUGAAUCAAUUAAAAAUAUAAGUUGUUUUGUAAAUUAAGCUGUUAUACAGGAAAUACUGAACAAUAAAAAAACAUAUUUUUUCUUGAAUUUAAGAUAACUCCGGCUCCGACUCCGACUCCGGGUUAUCAGAAAUCUCCGGCUCCGACUCCGACUCCGACUCCAGCUCAUAAAAUUUAGCCGACUCCGGCUCCGACUCCGACUCCAGCUGUUCGAGUUUUAACGACUCCGACUCCGACUCCGACUCCAGGCUUCCCAAAAAGACCCGACUCCACCGACUCCGGCUCCGACUCCGACUCCGACUCCACAGCCCUGCAUCUUGCAAACACAAAUGAAAUGUAGUGCAAAUCUGACACUAACUGUAGAUUUAAAGAAAAAAAAAAUAUACAACACUGUUGUUUGAAAGAAAAAAAACUCGAUGUAUUUAAGUGAAACAAUCGUAAAAUCAACAAACAAGUCCGUAGUGAGAAUUUAGUCGCCCCUAGUUGUAAAUGGAACAAGACAAACGUAUAUAAAAACAAACAAAAAAGCAAACAAACACUUAUAUAUCUAAAGCAAAACAAAAUACCCCGCCAUAUUACACAAGUAAAGUGAAGAAGGAAGCAUUAACAGAACAUCUUUGGAGAGUAUAAAAAUAAUAAACAUGUGUAUUAUUUAGAAGCAUUAUUAACUGUAGACAGAGCAGUAACUUGAACGCAAAACUCCACACAACAUAACAAAAACUGCACUGCACAGCGUAAACAAUAAACAACACUAUAAAGACAAUGUGAAUGUGCAGAGAAUCCACACGCAAACAAAAAAGGAACAAAUAAAACGCACCCACAGAAGAAUGAAAAUAUCAGAAAAAGAAAACUAAAUUAGCGCGUAAUUGUAAACGCUUGAAGCGUU